AUGGUUCACAUCCGCCGUGAGAUUGAGAUCAUGUCAUCGCUCCGCCACCCGCACAUCAUCUCCAUAUACGAAGUGUUUGAGAACAAAGACAAGAUCGUGAUCGUCAUGGAGUACGCCAGCAAGGGCGAGCUGUACGACUACAUCAGCGAGCGGCGGCGCCUGAGCGAGCGGGAGACGCGACACUUCUUUCGGCAGAUUGUCUCCGCCGUGCAUCAUUGCCACAAGAAUGGAGUGGUGCACAGGGAUUUGAAACUGGAAAACGUGCUACUGGAUGAAAACUGUAAUAUUAAGAUUGCUGACUUCGGCCUAUCCAACCUCUACCACAAAGACAAGCUGCUGCAAACAUUUUGCGGCAGCCCGCUCUACGCUUCGCCCGAGAUCGUCAACGGGAGGCCGUACCGCGGGCCGGAGGUGAGCGCCAAUGACGCCGACUCUCAAGUGGACAGCUGGGCGCUGGGGGUGCUGUUGUACACGCUGGUGUACGGAACCAUGCCAUUCGACGGGGGCGACCACAAGAACCUCAUUCGCCAGAUUAGCAACGGCGACUACAAAGAGCCCACGCAAUCGUCAGAUGCUCGGGGAUUGAUCCGUUGGAUGCUAAUGGUGAACCCCGAGCGCCGAGCCACCGUGGAAGAUAUUGCCAAUCACUGGUGGGUCAACUGGGGCUGGAAGAACAGCGUGUGCGACUGCGACGCCCAGCGGGACCGCGGCGGCUCGCCCAUGCUGGCCCGCUUCAUCGACUGGCAGAACCGCACUGAGCCACGCGGUCCGGCCGCCUUGCCCCAGCUACUGCGCCAGAGGCCCAAAAAGUCGAAGAAAGAAGAAGGCGGACAGGCGGAUGGUGGCGGCGAAGACAAACCGGGACUGAAGAGACCCAAAGGCAUCUUGAAGACCAGAGCGGCGGGGGAGCAGCAGUCGGUCGGCGCCGAGGAGGGCCGGACGUCCGGGCCUGAGCAAGCGCAAGGCGGCGGCGGCGAGGCCUCCAGUCCAGAUCGGGAAGAAGAAGAGACGCCUUUUGGGGGAGGCUCGCCGGCAAAGAUGGUGCCCACCCUGCCCAAAAAAGGCAUCUUGAAGAACAACCAACAGCGGGAAUCAGGGUACUACUCUUCGCCCGAGCGCAGCGAGUCGUCGGAGCUCCUGGGCGGAGCCAGCAUGACUCUGCUCGCCACCUCGCCACCCAAGAGAGCCAUGGGAAGAAAGGGCAUUUUGAAACGUAACGGCAAGUACUCCACCUACAGCGGCCCCCCCUCGGCGGCGGCCCUGGCGGCCGGAGGAGCCCUCGGCGAGCCCCCUUCCGCCGCCGACUCGGGCCUGUCGCGAAGUCAGAGUCGGCCGUCCAGCAUGGUCGGGGAAGACGGCGGCUCGGUCAAGUCGGCAGAGUGGCACCCCUCCACGCCGCACCUGCGCCCCAACAUCAGAGCGUGCGUGUCGGCCGAGAACCUGCUGCACCUGGCCAACUUCGCUAGCUUCCAACCGCCGCCCGCCACGCUCCAAGGCGCCAAGUUCGGCCGCGGCUCCAGAAGCAAAGGCUCCCCGCAGGACAAUGGCAGCUUCUCGUUGCUGGGGGACCUGGAGGACAUGACUCAGGUGUACCAGCAAGCCCUGGACAUCAGCAGCAACCUCACCUAA